CCUCGGUCUCCUCCUCCCCGCCUUUCUCAAUCUGCCAUUGGUUAGCACGAGGCAGGCUCUGGGAUGAUGAUGCCUGGAAAGGGGGGUAAACUCGGAGCGCACGUCUCCCCUGCUGCGCACACACGCACAGCAAAAGUGAAGUGAAGAUGCUUCUUCCCUUUCGAUCAGCAGUCCAGCCCGUAAGCCAUUCACUUCUUCUUUUUCUCCUACCAGAGCGCCAAACUGCCCUCUUCCCUGGUAUACAGGAGGAACUUGCCGCUCCGGGGCUUGUCCAGGUCGGAGGAGGCAAGAGAAGGCACCGGAGAUCCGGAGCGCCGUUACCACGAUAGCGUAUCCGUGGAGAGCUACGGGUCGGUAUGGGUGCGCUGACAAAGGGACGUUACCUCUCCAUGAUGGGCCUCCUGCUCCUUGUUUAUUGCACAGUAUCCGUGAUCUCCAAAGGUGCCACGGGGGAUGCUCAGCCUGACACCGUGCCCUCAGUGCAGGGCACCCUGCCGCACUUCAUCCAGGAGCCGGAGGACGCCUACAUCGUGAAGAGCAAUCCCAUUAAGCUGCGCUGCCGAGCCGCGCCCGCCUUACAGAUCUUCUUCAAAUGCAACGGAGAAUGGGUGCACCAGAAUGAGCACUUUUCCCAGGAGUAUAAGGACCUCAACACUGGGCUGAGGGUGCGUGAGGUGAUGAUCAACGUGUCCCGUCAGCAGGUGGAGGAUUUCCACGGCCCAGAGGACUACUGGUGUCUCUGUGUGGCCUGGAGCCACCUGGGCACUUCCAAGAGUCGCAAGGCUACUGUCCGCAUCGCCUACCUGAGGAAAAACUUUGAACAGGACCCCCAGGGGAAGGAGGUGCCAAUCAACGGCAUGAUCGUUCUGCACUGUCGCCCUCCAGAGGGAGUGCCUGUGGCGGAGGUGGAAUGGCUAAAAAAUGAAGAGCUGCUGAGUUCCCUGACUGAUGACAACAUCGACACCCGUGCAGACCACAACCUCAUCAUCAACGAGGCACGGCUAUCCGACUCGGGCAACUACACCUGCCUGGCCAGCAACAUUGUGGCAAAGAGACGCAGUGCCACAGCCACUGUGAUAGUCUUUGUGAACGGCGGCUGGUCCCUGUGGACGGAGUGGUCGGCCUGUAAUGUGCCAUGUGGGCGAGGUGUCCAGAAGCGAUCUCGAACCUGUACUAACCCGGCGCCUCUCAAUGGCGGGGCUUUCUGCGAGGGCAUGUCUGUACAGAAGAUCACCUGCAACGCACUCUGCCCAAUCGAUGGAGGCUGGGACGAGUGGAGCGAAUGGACCAUAUGCAGCAGUCAGUGCGAGAGGCAGCGGAGUAGGGAAUGCAACUCCCCAGCACCCAGACACCGAGGCAAGAUGUGCGAAGGGAACAGUGAGGCCACUGAGAACUGCACAGAUGGAUUGUGUACCCAGAAUCGAAAGCUGCUACAUGACGUUAAACCUCAAAGUAUGGACAGCUCCAAUGACGUAGCUCUGUACUCGGGCCUGGGAGCCGGGAUCAUUGCUGUGGCAAUCCUUGUAGUGGCCGUCAUGCUGUACAGGAAGAACCACAGUGAAUAUGGCGUGGACGUCAUCGACUCCUCUGCGCUCGCCGGGGGUUUCCAGUCGUUCAACUUCAAGACCACCAGACAAGGCAACCCACUGCUUCUCAACUCCUCGAUGCAGCCCGACUUAACAGUGGGACGAACAUACAGCACUCCGCUCUGCUUCCAGGACAGCGCAGACAAAGAGCUCUUUGACCCCCUGCCAGACAUCAAGGUCAAAGUUCAGAGCUCCUUUAUGGUUUCACUAGGUGUGGCCGAACGGGCAGAGUUCCAUGCCAAAGUCCCGGCCGAGACCUUCCCGCGGGACCUGAGCCGGGACUACUGCAGUACCGCGGAUGGACGCAAGAAGGGACUGCUCACCCUCAACGGGCCCUUCAGCGCCUGCAAAGAGCAGCUGAAGACCACCGGCGUGUUCGGCUACCCCGGAGGGCGGCUGGUGGUGCCAAACACUGGGGUCAGCCUGCUGGUGCCUCAUGGAGCCGUGGCUGAAAAUAUGUCCUGGGAGAUGUACAUGGUGAUCAAUCAGGGAGAGUCAAGUGUCCAAACGCUGGAAGGCUGUGACAUCCUCCUGGGCCCAGAGGUGACGUACGGUCCACCGGGCCUGGACCUCUUCUGCCCAGUGGCCAUGACCAUCGCACACUGCGCCGAGGUGGACGCCGAGAACUGGAACAUCCAGCUCAAGAGAAAAACCCAGGACAGCAAAUGGGAGGAAGUGAUGACGGUGGAGGAGGAGUCCACUUCCUGUUACUGCCUGAUGGACUCGACAAACUGCCACUUGCUGCUAGACCAGCCGGGCUCGUACGCCCUGGUGGGCGAGCCCCUGACGCAGGCUGCCGUCAAGAGGCUGAAGCUGGCUGUGUUUGGGAGCAUGGAGGCCGGCUCCGUGAGCUACAUCCUGCGGGUGUACUGUGUGGACGACACGCCACACGCCUUUCAGGGAGUGGUGGCUGCAGAGAAGACCAGAGGGGGUCAGCUCCUCGAGGAGCCAAAGUUGUUGCCUUUCCGAGCGAACACCUUCAGCCUCCAGGUGUCCAUCCAGGAUGUUCCCCAGUUCCUGUGGAGCAUCAAACCCUUUACCACAUGUCAGGAGUUCUCCUUCCCCCAAGUGUGGUGCAGCAACCAGCAGCCCCUGCACUGUGCCUUCUCUCUGGAGAGAUACAGCCCUGCCACCGCCCAGCUCUCCUGCAAAAUCAGCGUGCGGCAGGUCAAAGGCCAUGAGCAGAUUCUGCAGGUCUACACGGCUGUGGCCGAGACUGAAAAGGAGUCAGUUCCAUUUUUUAUGCAGACAGACUGCACCAUCACGUCCCAGACGGGGCCCAAGGCCUUCAAAAUCCCCUUGUCCAUUCGCCAGAGGAUCUGUGCCACCUUCGACACUGCCAAUGCCAAGGGCAAGGACUGGCAACUCUUAGCCCAGAAACUCCACUUAGAUCGAAACCUGGGUUAUUUUGCAAAGCAGUGGAGCCCGUCGGCGGUCAUACUGAGCCUUUGGGAGGCUCGCCACCAGGACGGUGCUGACCUUGACUCUCUUGCCAGUGCCCUCGAGGAGAUUGGCAAGAUCCACUCCAAAAGCUCCCCCAAGGACCAGGAUGAGCCAGAGUCUGACUUCAAUCACAUACAAGCGGGCAGUCUGUGUGGAACGGGCAAACUAAAAAAUCAGAAGACAGAGGACUCUGCUCCUGAAUAUACAGGCUGAGAGAAAAGAGACAGUGAGUGAAAAUUGAUGAACUAAGGCAUAUAUCUGUGAACAUGCACGGCCAGUGAUGGACAACACGCUGUGGCGGAGUGCUGGAAGGUCAUCAGGUUGUCUGUGAGUAGACGGGGCGAGCAGUCAACAUGCUGACCAAUCGCAACAGGCCGAGGUGAGCCGGUACCUGCUGUGGAUCUACCCCUCUCUUUUAAGCAUCUGUCUGAGGAUGGACUGUAAAUCUUUUUCUGCCUUUCCACUUGGUUUUUAAGUUUAUUUGUUCCUUAUUUUAAGUAAAAGCUGCCCUUCAGUAUAUUCAUUUUCCAGCUCUGAGGGUGAGUGGGGAGGAGGAGGGGUUGGGGUGGCGGAAUAUUUCCUGAACUUUUGUAAACGAUUAUUUUCUGAAUCUGUGUUAGAAGCAAUUGGGAGCUCCUUUUUUCCCCGCCCUGGGAUUAUCCCUGCAGCCCCCCCUCCCUUUCACCAGUGGUCCACAUGGCAGCUGGACAUAUUUGCAUAGAAGUUCUUACAUGCAAAUAAGAUGAUACUGUGGCGUCAAUCAGAGAUCUAUUUCCCCCUCCACACACACACAUCUAUCCCUGUGUCCACGAAUGAAUGAGGACUUAAUAGCUACUUUUUUGACGUCCAAUAUUAUAUUUUUAAAAGGAAGCUGCUGAUUGCUUAGAUGUUGUGAUUGUGAACUUUCAAAGCCAAGUAUCUUUAAAUUCAUCCCCCCAAAAAAAUCUAAACAGCUAGUAUUUUGGCACUUCUGAUAGACAGCCAGUGUUGUAAAAUCAUUUAUACACCGAGUCAUUAAAAAAAUACCAUGUCAGCCCGAGUGUAACCUUGAAGGACAGCAUGGUGUGGGGGUGACUUCACAUGUGUUAUACAGGGGGGAAAAACAUGGUUAUGGCGUAAUGUGUCAGGAGUGAGAUUUCUAACUGUAACAUUACAGUUCAGUACAGUUUCCUCCACCAAGAGAUAGAGAGGGAGGAAGCUGUACAACAUCGUUUCCUCCGCUGAGAGCGUAUCGCUGCGUCUUAUCUCCCAAUUCCCACCAUUAACACCCGUCACAUAGAUACUCAUAUCAGGCUCUGACACAACCAACUGCCCCCACCACCACUUCCCCGCACCCUCAACACUCACAUGCAGACACACACGUUGACAUUUCAUGACCGCAGAGGUCAUGUGCACAUGGACUGCAAGUUUAAAUAAUAUGUCACAAACAAAAAAAGGAAACACUGAUGACGUCAGUGUCAGAAAUACAACAUGCAGUCACAUAUCUGUUCUGAUCAACACCAGACACACAUCAUACAGAAUAAUGAUAAGGGAAAGGAUGUCCUGGGCGUGUGAGGCUUGAAAUCAAAAAAAGCAAAAAACUAUUUGGUGCCAAUCACUGAGGUAAUGGUAAAUGAAAAGGUGGCCUAUAGUACUGUAUGACAUUGCCAUAAAGGGAGAAGCCACCAAGAUAAAGAAACUCUGUUGUACAUUGAGAAAACCAUUAAACCUUUAACCUGAACACACUCCCUGACUUUGUUAUUGUACCCAGCUGAACCAGUCAGAGCUUUAGUCAGCUAUUCAAGGACACUCAUUGUCAUCGAGGGCAGAAUUGAUUUUUAAUGAAUCAUUUUUACAUUAAAUAUUUUCAGCAACAUGCAGUCUUCAGGCUUAAAUAACAAUGUUCUCUAUCUUUACUUUGCCAGAGAGAUGCAUGCUGGGUAAAUUAGGUCACCCAAAUCAUGCACAAACAUAGUCUUUCACUUAACCCCAGUGGUAUCUAGCCAUGAAAAUAGAGUUGUUCCCCCAACCCCCCCAGUUUUUGAGAUAUCUGCCUCUGAGAUUUCUGUCUCCACCGUAGCGGAAUGAACCUUAAAGGUGUGGUAAACAAUUCUAAUCCAAUACACGUCUUUUUGUCAUAUUCAGCUGGCCGAUCUGGUGUUUGUACUCAGCCCUGGCUCUGUAAAUGGGAAACAAACAAAGUGGGCUGCACCCCGCCACAGAACGCUAUUCCAGCAGUUCUAGCCAUGAUUUGUGUGUCAGUAACGUUAAAUGCACAAAAAUAUUCAGCUUACUUUCUACUUCACCAAGCCAUGCUAUAGCUUUGGAUUGACUUGACUUUGGAUUUUGACUGGCAAACGUGAAUUUCCAAUUUGCUCAUAUAUAUACGUUUUUACUCUUGGCUGAGAUGGAAAAAUUGACAUAUCGAUAAAAGCGCAAAAGUGCAAUGGAAACAGUCGUACCCAUAUAAUGCAUAACACCAUAAUUCCAUCACUUUUGCCGCAUUGUUUUGCACACUUUGCAUCUCAACUGUAUUAAGAGUCAAAAGCAGUGAGCUAGAUGAAAACUCUGGCAUUUUUUGGAUAUUAUUGGAUACUAUAACAAAAUCAGAGACCAUUUCUUUAUCUUCAAAUUGGUCCCUCCAACCAUGACUGACUUGAAUAAUUGAUUUACAUAAUUAACAUGAAUAAAGUUAGGUAAAAUCCUUGCUGUCGGCUAAAUAAACUCAAUCCACAAUUCUCAUUUCAAACCCGUUUCUCCCCUCAUUUCUAUUCUAAUUUAAAUGCUGGUUAUUUUUAAGAUAAGGGAGCUAAAUGUGUGAGUGUGUCCCUCAGAGGUUUAUCAAGAAUGAUACGGUUACUUUGAGUCCAUCACUGAGUAUUUCUGACCUGAUAUGGGAAUGGUUUCAUCCUGCCAUUAUAAAGAACCAUUUUUAUUUCGCUACAUCGUCUCUAUGCAUUUCUAAUCAAAUUAUAUUCAUCUUUUAUGUAAUUUAAGCUGGUAAGUGAAGAAAGUGAAAGGUAAUCUUUUUUUCCCCCAUGAUGUUUGUUUCCUUAAUUGUGACUGGAUUCUCCUUUUCAUUCCUGCAAGCAAAGAGUGUCAAAAAUGGAAAUGUGUGCUUUUUGUAAUGCGUAGCGGUGGCUUAUGUUGCAUCGGGAGCAUCCUGUCCUUGCGGUACACCCCAUCACGCUCAACCCUCGUUCUGGAUGUGUUUCAGCUCUGUCUACUGUAUCUCAUAAACGUGUUGAAAUUCUGUUUUUUAAAAGUGAGCUCAGACACGCACAUACACAAACGUAUUCUCACUGUGUAUAAUGCUUUGGUGUAAGACUAACCCUGUUUCAUGAGAUUAAAAGUUCACUGUUGCGUCAAUGAUUUUCUGUCACCUGAGUCGGUCAGUCUCAUGCUCUUUUUUGCUCCACGCAUGGCCUUUGGCUUCAUAUCACUAUUCUUGUGCCUUGUUUAACUACUGUAAAUGGUGAAUGUUGUAAAGUACAGAUGGGGAUGAAAAAAAAGAACAAUUAAUCAUACUGACAUACAUUUAAAGGUAUUAGUUGAAAAAGUAUUUAAGAUUAUAAUAUUGAAUAGGCUGCAGAGCUUUUCUAGUGCUGAACAUCUAUGUUUGGUAAUGCCAGGGCAGCUUUGUGGUAUAUUGUAACUAUAAUUAUGGACAUUUUGGAUGUUUUCUGUACAGUAGAAUUUGCAAAUGUAUAUGCAGCCUUUUGGAAAUAAAUGUACAGUUUAAAGAUCUCAA